GUGGUCGGCCGGGUGAGUGACUGGAUCCAGCCUGACUCCCCGGAUCCAGCUGUACGACAGCAAAGCGUGGCGGCGCUACAACACCAGCUGGGCUGGGCGGCGCACCUAGGACUGCAAGCGGUGGUGCUGCCGACCCCACACCGACCUGCGCAGUCCCCAAAUUACGCACAGGUUCUUAAUCAGGCCCUCCAAGGCCUGACCCACAUGGCCUUGUGGCUCACUGUUCCGCUGGUGCUGCCCCACGAAGGGGGGGAGGAAGGGGAGGAUGCGAAGGAGGGAACGGCCGUGGACGGCUGGGAGGCCUGGCAUCAGGUACGUGCCCAGUGCGACCACAAUAACCUGCUGGGGGCCGCCCUGCUGGUGGGGCCUGUCCUGCCCUCCGCGCCCUCCCUGGAGCGGUGGCGGGGGGAGCCUGUGAAGGCCGUACUGCUGCCCACCAGCGUCUUCACCUCCAACAAGCGCGGCUAUCCGGUCCUGCCCCGGCCGCAUCAGGACCUCUUGGCGGGCUUUUUCAAACUGGGAGUGCAGGUGAGAGGCGGCCGGGGCGAGGAGGAUGGUGGGGGGGGAAGGGCACUCGGUGUGUGUCAAACUCAUAACCACUCCCGCUAUAUCUAUCUAUAUGGUUUGGUUUUAUUUUAUUUAUACUAUAAAUUGUCAUCAAUCACCACCUCGCCUAACUGCCGGCUUCACCACCUCCCCCGGCAGGACAAUCUGGAAUCUCAAACGUACGAGACCUUCGAAAAGGAUGUCCAGAAGUACAAACUGUACGAAGAGGCCGUAUACAAGGCUCUCAAAGACAGGCGACAUUCUUCUUCCACACCGGCCACCACCACCACCAUCAACAACAACAACACCCGCGUCGUGUUGAUGGUGGUUGGCGCGGGCCGGGGUCCGCUGGUUCGCGCCUCCAUGCGGGCGGCGGCACGGGCGAGUGUGCGGCUGCGUGUUUACGCGGUCGAGAAGAACCCCAAUGCCAUUGUCCACAUCCAGCAGAUGCUGCGGAGUGAGGGCUGGGAGAGCGAUGUGACGAUUGUGUCCGCGGACAUGCGCCACUGGCAGGCUCCGGAGCCAGCUGAAAUUUUGGUUUCGGAGCUGUUGGGUUCUUUUGGCGAUAACGAGCUCUCCCCCGAGUGCCUGGACGGUGCGCAGCGGUUCUUGGCUCCAGGCGGCAUCUCCAUCCCGCAGUCGUACACGUCGUACAUUGCGCCCGCCACCAGCCACAAGCUGCACCACGACGUCAAGUCGUAUAAAGAUCUGGAGCACUUUGAGACGCCGUACGUUGUACGGCUGCAUCGACACCACUUGCUGGCCGCCACCCAGCCCCUCUUCACCUUCUCACACCCCAACAACGACACGCCCAUCGACAACUCCCGCUACGCCACCGUCACCUUUGUACGGGACCCGGCCGCCGGCGCUGCCGUACUGCACGGCUUUGCCGGCUACUUUGAGUGCACUCUGUACGGCGAUGUACUGCUGUCGAUUCACCCGCCUACUCAUUCGGAAAACAUGUUUUCCUGGUUCCCGAUUUUCUUCCCCCUGCGGGAGACCGUGUACGUGCCGGCGGGGGGUUCUGUGGGUAUGCAGAUGUGGCGGUGUUGUGCACCCCAUAAGGUGUGGUACGAAUGGUCAGUGACGGCGCCGGUGGCCGGUCCCAUCCACAACGUGGGGGGCCGGUCGUAUUGGGUGGGCUUGUAG